AUGCGCUUAUAUCCUCUCGUCGUCCUUCUCGUGUCUAUCGGCGCACAAGCCCUACCUUCGUCGGUGCACAAGCGUCAGAACAAAAUCCCGUCAACCUAUGACCCGUCCAUCGCGUCUUUGAUUAACCAGAUCGGAGUGCAGCGCGGCGUUCCGGAAUCAGUUCUGCAAGCUGCCUUUGAGACGGCAUGGGUCGAGAGUCAUAUCAACAACCUGAAUUUUGGAGAUAGCGACAGCCUUGGUGUUUUCCAGCAAAGACCCUCACAGGGCUGGGGCACUGCCGCCCAGGUGCAAGACCCGACAUACGCGACGAAUGCAUUCCUUGAUCAGGCGAUGAAAGUUUAUAACAAGGAUCCCUCGCUUGCCCCGGGCGACAUUGCCCAGAAGACCCAACGUUCUGCUUACCCUGAUCGUUACAACGAGGCCGCGGAUCGCGCAACGAAGAUCCGCCAGGAUGUUGAGAAUGGCGACCCCGACGGCGAUGAAGACGACGACGAAGAUGACUACCUUGACCUCAUCGACGAUCUAGAUGAUGACGGAGGGUAUGACUACGUGGAUGAGGACGGAGAGUUCGACGAUGGCGAUGACGAUGGGGGCGACUACGGAGACGACGAUGGAGGCGACUACGGAGACGACGAUGGAGGCGACUACGGAGACGACGAUGGAGGUGAUUACGGAGGUGACGAUGGCGGCGAUUACGGUGGAGAUGACGGUGGAGACUAUGGAGGUGGUGAUUGCCGUCGCCGCCGCGAUCUAAAGGGCCGACUGGAAAUUAGCUGCGAUAUCUGGGAUGAAGCCUAA